AUGGAAGAUCAAGAACUGCACAAGAAUUCACGUGUUGUUAAGGUUGAUUCUGCAGAAUCAUGGAACUUUUAUGUGAAUCAAGCCAAGAAUCAGAGUUGUCCUAUUGUGGCUCAUUUCACAGCAGCAUGGUGUAUUCCUUCUGUGUUUAUGAACUCAUUCUUCGAAGAACUUGCUUCAAGCUAUAAGGAUGCUCUGUUUCUCAUAGUUGAUGUUGAUGAAGUCAAGGAAGUGGCGAGUCGGCUAGAGGUAAAGGCCAUGCCGACUUUUCUGUUCUUGAAAGAUGGUAAUGCGAUGGACAAAAUCGUGGGCGCAAACCCUGAUGAGAUCAAGAAAAGGGUCGACGGUUUUGUUCAGUCCUCGCGCGUUGUUCAUAUUGCUUAG